AUGUCAAAACGCCCUGUUCCUCAACUUCCACUCCGGAAUGACGUUCUGAAGAGGCCUAGAGUUUCCGGCGGGCACAUCCACACCAGUCGAACUCAUGUCCAGAAUUCUAAUAUACCAAAAGUUCCACCAAGACCCUUCCCUGAACUAGUUACGGAUUACCUCAUUAAGAAAGGGUAUAACCGUACAGAAGAGAUCUUCCGUCAGGAGGUGAAGGAUAUUAACGAGAACGGGAAACCUCGAGAUCAUGUUGAUGCAGUGGCCCCCAACAAGUUCCUUCCCGCGGGAAAGUAUCUGAGGGCAUUCAAACAUUUUGCAAGAUGGGUUGAUAAUGGAGUCGAUCUUUACAAGUUUGAGCUGGGAAAGAUUCUUUGGCCUCUCUUCAUUUACUCCUACCUCCGCUUGGUUAGCCAGGCUUCCUAUACUCAUGCACAGGAACUUAUGGAGCAAAUCCGGAGCCGGUUUGAAAAGACGCAUCAAGACGAGUUGAAGAGUCUGUCGACCAUAACCCUCUCCAUACACGUCCGGGAGAACGCGUUCGCCAAGGCGUAUCUAGAGAAUCAGUACGUCAUUCCGAUCAGCAAGUCUCUAACGGGACAUCUAUUCCACUUUUUGGAGCGAGAGUUGGAACAGUGUGGAGCCGUAGUUCUUGAUAUUAUACAACAACACUGUCGCGUUGAUUCUGUGGAUCGGGGUCCUAUCGAGCCGUUUAGCUUCGAAGCUAUUUACCGCCGCGCUCGGCAUCAGGAACUUGACGAAGUCGACAUCCAAGAGGGUAUCCCAGGUGUCUCCAGCCGUAGUGGGCUUGCCAACCGCAACAUCCUGGACAAUACGGCCGCUCUGAAGCUUGGACCACUUCCGAUAGAUCCUGAUCUCCGGGGUGAUGUUGUUGCUGAGUUGGAAGAAGAGGAUAGGCUUCGUCCACCCCGAGAAGGAUUGCCUACAUUGGUAGAAGAAUUUAAUGCCAUGCAUCCUAUUAAGAGAGAAUCAGGCGAUUCUCCGCAGCGAACAGAUAUUCCAUACCCUCCAUCAAGAGCAAGGGACGUCGUCAUGGAAAUGCAGAAAGUUCGAGAGAACCGAGAUCGGUUUAGAAUUGAAGGUCGAACCGGUGGUGUAGGCCCUGGCAUUUCAGUUUGCAUGUUUACAUUCCACAAUCAUCUCGGGAGCAUCUCGUGCAUGGACUUCUCGAAAGACCAAGAACUUGUGGCGGUAGGAACGACAGAAUCAUACAUUCGCGUAUGGUCUCUUGACGGCAAAGCCUUGAAGUCUCGUCUGGGGCCUGAGAAGGACAUGAAAGUCAACAACCGCAAGUUGAUCGGCCAUUCUGCUCCCGUCUAUUCGGUGGCUUUUUCGGAUGCUGUAGCCAACUUAGAUCGUAAUAUUUACGAAGGCUCGCCUCAGCCGGAGACAGAUACCAAGCUUCUUCUUUCCUGUUCGGCCGAUGGCCAAGUACGAUUGUGGUCUCUUGAGGUUUGGGCCUGCCUUUGCAUUUAUAGGGGUCAUGAUGGUCCAGUCUUCUCUCUCUCGUGGAGUCCACAUGGUCACUACUUUGUGACUGGCGGGUGGGAUAAAACCGUCAGAGUUUGGUCGCAAGACCACGCAUCAGCACAACGUAUCCUUGUCGGCCACGACACCGCCAUUUCGGCCGUGGCAUGGCAUCCCAAUGGCACGUAUGUAUUCUCAGCCUCCGAUGAGACAGACAAAUCGAUCCGUAUGUGGUCUGUGGUUAGCGGCAACUGCGUCCGUAUAUUUACGGGUCAUACCGAAUACAUAUCUGCAAUGGAGUGUGCCCCUAACGGCAAGAUCCUCGCGUCAGCUGAUAUUGGUGGUAACAUCUUUCUAUGGGAUAUAGAUAAGGCCACUCGUAUUAAGCGUUGUCGUGGCCAUGGACGUGGUGGAAUUUGGUCACUCAGCUUUAGUGUCGAGAGUAACGUGCUCGUAUCCGGUGGACAGGAUAACACGGUGCGCGUUUGGGAUGUUGAGAUGCCGGCCGAAGGCAGUCGUCCCGCAAACCAACAGGACGGGGAUAGCACAAUUGUUGCGGCAGGUGGACAAGGCGACAGCAAACAAAGCGGGCAGACAACGCAACCUGCUAGCGGUGCAGCUGGCGGUACGGGUAAGAGGAAGGGCAAGGACGUUAUGAUAACACCAGACCAGAUUAGCGCGUUUCCGACGAAGAAAACACCUGUCAUGAAGGUUCAGUUCACCCGUAUGAACCUCGUGUUAGCCGGCGGAUGUUACUAUCCCGAGACUCAGGAUACAGCUCGAUAA